AUGUUAUCAAUGAAUUCAUUAUCAAUGUUUUGGAGAGAAUUUUGUGCUUUAUUUCAUAAGACAUAUUUGUUGGCAAAACGUAAACGAGGUGAAACAAUCACAGAAAUACUCCUUGCCUAUACAUUUUUAGCUUUGUUACUCGGUAUGAGAUAUAUACUGGAUCGACGAUAUAAUCAUGCAUACCAAAUACCACGUUUUCGUCCACAAGAUGCAAUGACAUUUAGUAAUAAAGAUAAUAUCACCUUUUAUUAUCCGAGUAAUCCAUGUACAGAUCAAAUUGUUAAUAGUUUCAUGACAAAAUUAAAAUUAAAUUGGCCAAUGUUUAAUAGUACUAUGCAAUAUCUUUCUAAUCCUGACGUUUCUAGUUUACCAGUUGCAACUCAACUUCAAAUUCAUGCAUUUAUUUAUUUUACUAAUUUAAAUUCAUGUACAAAUGCAACAACAAUGCCUGAUCAGAUCACCUAUACUCUUAGAAUGCAAGAAUAUGGUGCAACAUACUAUCGUGCUCAACGAACAAUGUUAUUAGAUAAUGAUAUUUUUUGGAAAAGAGCUCCAGAAGACUUUUGUCAAUCAAAUGCCAGUAUGCUUAAUUAUCAAACAGCCUUUUUGGGUGUUCAAUAUUUCAUUGAUUUAGCUAUUAUUGAGUAUUCCAUAGGUAUACCAAUGAUAGACUAUUCAAAUAUUCAUUUAAAUCAUUUUGGCUGUCCCGAGUACUAUUUUGAUCAAUUACAUUCAUUAUAUAAUUUUUUUAUUCCAAUAUUUUUUUCCUUUAUAUAUUUGAUUACAUUUAUGAUGAAUAUUGGCUACAUUGUCGAUGAACGUCAAAAUAAAACAAAAGAAUAUUUGAGAAUAUUUGGUUUGAGAACGUGGAUAAAUAAUCUUGUUUGGGUUUGUCGAGCAAUGUCUUUACUAGCAAAACUAAUUGCAUUUCUAUUAUGGGUUAUUACAUUUAUUGACUUUUAUCCUGGUGUUUCAGUUGGUGUUCGCUAUUUUAUGUCAUUAUUUCCAAAUAGUGGUCUGCUAUUUUGUUUUGAAGUUGUUUUACAAUUUGAACGCAAAAGCUAUGGUGUAACAACUUACAAAAAAUUUUAUACAAAUUUAUACACUUACCCACUUUAUAUUGGUAUCAUAUUAUUAAUACAAUGUCUGUGGUCAGUAAUAUUUAUGCUUCUAGCUAUUUAUGUUGAAAGAAUUAAUCCCGGUGAAUUUGGUGUUGCUCAACCAUGGACGUACUUGUUUCGAGUAUGCUUAACAACAUAUUUAUAG